AUGUCGUCAGCACUCAACGCGAUCAAGAUCCGUCGCAAGAAGAAUGUCAAGAAGGGAAUUCAGUUUUGUUUGAUGGUCUGCGGUGCCAGCGGAACUGGACGCACAACUUUCGUCAACACUCUCUGCGGCAAGCAGGUUCUGGAGGGCAAGGAUGCCGACGAUGCUGCCAAUGCUCACCUCGAGGAGGGUGUGCGUAUCAAGCCCACCACCGUCGAGCUUGAACUUGAUGACGAGGGAACCCGUAUCUCCCUGACUAUUGUCGAUACCCCCGGAUUCGGUGACCAGAUUGACAACGAAGCCAGGCACGUACACCGUUUCGGUGAGAUUGUCGGUUACCUCGAGCGCCAAUACGAUGAUAUUCUUGCAGAGGAGUCGCGAAUCAAGCGUAACCCUCGCUUCAGAGAUAACCGAGUGCACGUCAUGCUUUACUUCAUCACACCCACCGGCCACGGUCUGCGUGAACUCGAUAUCGAACUGAUGAAGCGCCUCUCCCCCCGUGUCAACGUUAUCCCCGUCAUCGGAAAGGCCGACUCUCUCACUCCCGCCGAAUUGGCCGAGUCCAAGAAGUUGAUCAUGGAGGACAUCGAGCACUACCGUAUUCCCGUCUACAACUUCCCCUACGACAUUGAGGAGGAUGAUGAAGAUACCGUCGAGGAGAAUGCUGAGCUGCGUGGUCUUAUGCCGUUCGCCAUUGUUGGAUCCGACGACUUUGUGACAAUCGAUGACCGUCAGGUGCGCGCGCGCCAGUACCCAUGGGGUGUUGUCGAGGUCGAGAACCCUCGCCAUUCCGACUUCCUCGCUAUCCGCAGUGCUCUUCUCCACAGCCACUUGGGUGAUCUGAAGGAGAUCACUCACGACUUCCUCUACGAGAACUACCGUACCGAGAAGCUCAGCAAGAGCGUCGAUGGUGCUUCUCCUUCCGGCCAAGAUUCUUCCAUGAACCCCGAAGACCUUGCUUCCCAGUCCGUGCGCCUCAAGGAGGAACAACUCCGCCGCGAGGAGGAGAAGCUGCGCGAGAUCGAAAUCAAGGUCCAGCGCGAGAUCGCCGAGAAGCGACAGGAGCUGUUGGCUCGCGAGAGCCAGCUUCGCGAGAUCGAGGCCCGCAUGCAGCGCGAGCAGCAGUCCCUGGGUCCCGAAGCAACCAACGGAGAGGCCUAG